CUUUCUUUUUUCUGGAGGAGCGGUUGGCUGCUGGGCUUGGGGGCGCGGUGGAUAUUGACCUUUGCCCCGGCCUCGUCGUGGGUGCACAGCCCUUCUCCCCGCAGCCGGCUUCCUCCCCCCAGAACCUGUUUCCGGCCUGCGAGCUUCUGCGGGAUGUUACUGUUCGCGGUGCUGCUGCCCCUGUGCUGGGCCGUGGAGGUCAAGAGGCCCCGGGGCGUCUCCCUCACCAACCAUCACUUCUAUGAUGAGUCCAAGCCUUUCACUUGUCUGGACGGUUCUGCCACCAUCCCUUUUGAUCAGGUCAAUGAUGACUACUGUGACUGCAAGGAUGGCUCAGAUGAGCCAGGUACAGCCGCCUGUCCUAACGGCAGCUUCCACUGCACCAACACUGGCUACAAACCCCUAUACAUCUCCUCCAGAUGGGUCAAUGAUGGAGUUUGUGACUGCUGUGAUGGGACCGAUGAGUACAACAGCGGGAUCGUCUGUGAGAACACCUGCAAGGAGAAGGGCCGUAAGGAGAGAGAGACGCUGCAGCAGAUGGCAGAGGUCACGCGAGAGGGGUUCCGCCUAAAGAAGAUCCUCAUCGAGGACUGGAAGAAGGCUCGGGAGGAGAAGCAGGAAAAGCUCGCUGAGCUACAGGCUGGAAAGAAGUCCCUGGAGGACCAGGUGGAGAUGCUGCGCAUGGUGAAGGAGGAGGCCGAGAAGCCAGAGAAGGAGGCCAAAGAGCAGCACCAGAAGCGGUGGGAGGAGCGGCAGGCCGCCUCCAAGGCCCAGCGGGAACAGGAGCUGGCGGCCAACGCCUUCCAGGAGCUGGACGACGAUAUGGAUGGGGCGGUCUCGGUCACCGAGCUGCAGACCCAUCCGGAACUGGACACCGACGGUGACGGGGCACUCUCAGAAGGGGAAGCUCAGGCCCUGCUCGGGGGAGAUGUGCAGACUGACGCUCCCGCCUUCUAUGACCGCGUGUGGGCCGCCAUCAGGGACAAGUACCGCUCCGAGGUGCUGCCCACCAGCCCUCCACCUGUGCCUUCUGAGCCUGACCUGACAGAGCCCAAGGAGGAGCAGUCUCCAGUGCCCUCGCCGCCCAUGGACGACGAGGAGGAGGAGGAGGAGGAAGAGGAAGAGGAAGAGACGGAAGAGGAGGAGGAGGAGGAAGAUUCCCAGGUGCAGGGGGAGCAGCCCAACGAGGCCCCGCCCCCACUGGCCCCCCCCCAGCCUGCGGCCAGCCCCACUGAAGAGGACAAAAUGCCGCCCUACGAUGAGCAGACUCAGGCCUUCAUUGACGCCGCCCAGGAGGCCCGCAACAAGUUUGAGGAGGCUGAGCGAUCCUUGAGGGACAUGGAGGAGUCCAUCAGGAACCUGGAGCAGGAGAUUUCGUUUGACUUUGGCCCCGGCGGAGAGUUUGCCUAUCUGUACAACCAGUGCUACGAGCUCACCACCAACGAGUACAUCUACCGGCUCUGCCCCUUCAAGCUCGUCUCUCAGAAACCCAAGCUCGGCGGCUCCCCCACCAGCCUUGGCACCUGGGGCUCGUGGGCUGGCCCUGAGCACGACAAGUUCAGCGCCAUGAAGUACGAGCAGGGAACGGGCUGCUGGCAGGGCCCGAACCGCUCCACCACCGUGCGCCUGCUGUGUGGCAAGGAGACCGUGGUGACCAGCACCACGGAGCCCAGUCGCUGCGAGUACCUCAUGGAGCUGAUGACGCCGGCCGCCUGCCCUGAGCCGCCGCCCGACGCGCCUGCCUACGGCGACCACGACGGCGACCACGACGAGCUCUAGCCCGGCUGGGCGCCGAGAACCUCAAGGCACGGAGAUGUCCCCGGUGGGGCCGACCGCCCACCCCACCCUGUGGCCCGAGGCCCGCCCCCCCGGUGUGCUCAGCCUCCCCACAGGGGCAGGAGCCGUGUGGAGCCCCGUGCCCUGCCGGGGGUGGCGCGGCUGCGUCCCCAGGCCCCCGCGGUCUCCAAAGGUGGAACACAGGAGUUCGCCCGCCCCAGGCGCCCGGCCCCCCGCCCCCGCCCACGGUGUCUGCCUCCCUUCCUGGUGGGGAUGAGUGACUUGACCUGUGACCUCAAAACAAUAAACACCAUCCCCCCCAA